CCGGACUAAAAAUCAGGAACCAGACCCCAAGAAGUGGGGCAAUUCUCAAAAAGACCACCACAACGCCAGCAAUCGGCGAUGGCGAAGUCCACCAAAAUCCACCCAACCACUGAUCCCGAAACCGACCCUAGUUCCUACUCCCUUGAGAAAUUCAAACUCUAUGAAACCAGGGCCAGGUUCUAUCUCAUCGGCAGUGAUCGGAAUAAGAGAUUCUUCCGAGUCCUAAAGAUUGAUCGCAUGGAACCCUCGGAUCUCAAUAUAAGCGAAGACCCUGUUGUUUAUCCGCCUCAGGAAGUCAAGAGCUUGCUUCAGCGGAUUGCCGAAGGCAAUCGUGCUACUGGUGGUUUGUCCUUCGUCGCCAAGGUCUACGGCAUCGCUGGUUGUAUUAAGUUCUUGGAGUCAUAUUAUUUGAUAUUGGUUACAAAGCAUAGGCAAAUUGGGUGUAUAUGUGGACAUGCAAUUUAUAGCAUUGAAGAGAGCCAAAUUAUUACAAUUCCACAUGUCUCUGUUCAAACCGAUGUUGCUCAUUCAAAAACCGAGCUGAGGUAUAAGAAGCUGUUAUCCAGUGUAGACCUGACAAAAGAUUUUUACUAUAGUUACACAUAUCCAAUAAUGCGAAGUUUACAGAAAAACGUUCUAUCCACUGGCAUUGAAGGGAUGCCAUAUGAUGACAUAUUUGUGUGGAAUGCUUUUCUAACACAACCAAUUCGAUCAAGAUGCAAGAACACUAUCUGGACAAUUGCUCUCGUUCAUGGAAAUUUUAAGCAGAUACGGUUAUCAGUCUUUGGAAGAGACUUCAGUGUUGCACUGUUAUCUAAGCGAUCUCGUCACUUUGCAGGAACACGUUACUUGAAAAGGGGAGUAAAUGAUCGUGGUAGGGUUGCAAAUGAUGUUGAAACAGAACAAAUUGUUCUUGAUGAAGAAGCCGGAUCAUGCAAAGGGAAAAUGAGCUCUGUUGUACAAAUGAGGGGUUCAAUUCCUCUUUUUUGGUCACAAGAAGCUUCUAGAUUCAGUCCAAAGCCUGAUAUCAUAUUGCAAAGAUAUGAUCCUACAUACGAGGCCACCAAACUUCACUUUGAAGAUCUGGAAAAGAGAUAUGACAAUCCAAUCAUUGUGCUUAAUUUGAUCAAGACUGUGGAGAAAAGGCCUCGAGAAAUGAUGUUAAGGCGUGAAUUCACGAAUGCAGUUGGGUAUCUGAAUCAGAUACUUCCAGAAGAAAAUCAACUUAGGUUUAUCCAUUGGGACUUCCACAAGUUUGCAAAGAGUAAGUCUGCCAAUGUAUUGGGAGUUUUGGGUGGUGUUGCUAGUGAAGCACUGGAUUUGACAGGGUUUUAUUAUAGUGGAAAGCCAACUGUUGUCAAGAAAAAAUCCAUACAACUCAGCAGGACAAGCACAGCAAGUUUCUGCAGGGAGGCUUCACUCAAAGAUUUGAGAAGUGCUUCAGGGGAUCUAUCAGUGGCCACAAGUACUUACACUAUUACUGAUACGACCCCUCAAGACAGAGAUGCAAAUCAUAAUCAUAAUCAGAAGAUGAAGAAAUAUAAUCACAGCAACAAAGAUCCACAGUUUCAAAGUGGAGUUUUACGAACCAAUUGCAUCGAUUGCUUGGAUCGUACAAAUGUUGCCCAAUAUGCGUAUGGUUUAGCCGCCUUAGGCCGCCAGCUUCAUGCCAUGGGACUUACAGAUGAUCCAAAAGUGGAUGCUGAUAGUAGUAUUGCUGCAGCUCUUAUGGAUAUGUACCAAAGCAUGGGUGAUGCUCUUGCACAGCAAUACGGUGGAUCUGCAGCCCACAACACUGUGUUCCCAGAGAGGCAAGGAAAGUGGAAAGCAACAACACAAUCUAGAGAGUUUUUGAAAUCUAUCAAACGAUACUACAGUAAUGCUUAUACAGAUGGUGAAAAACAAGAUGCUAUCAAUUUGUUUUUGGGCUACUUCCAGCCACAAGAAGGAAAGCCAGCGCUUUGGGAACUCGAUUCUGAUUAUUAUCUUCAUGUAUCUGGGAUAGGGGAUGACCUAAUCCCAGAAGGCUAUUUACCAAGUGAUGGUGGUGGUGGUGGUGAAGCUGUAAGGUUUUUAGGGGGUUCACUGACACCUGUUGCAGCAUGUAAAGAGGAUUUCUCACGGAUGAAACUGACAUCAUUUUCCAAACUAAUAGAAAGAACAAGUGGCGCCAUAAAGAAUGUGAGGCUGUGUAGUGAACCGGAUCAUAAGCCUCCUGGAAAUUCUGGAAUGGCACCUGAUGCAGUUGAAAUACAACUUAAAAGUCCAAACUGGCUUUUUGGUCACAAGAAGUUUGAAGAAGGUGGUAAUAAUGGUAUGCUGAAAAAAGUUGCAUCAGAUGAAUUAGCCAUGAGAGGGCGUGAAGACGAGAAGAAAUUUGAUGAGUUGUGUGACCCCAAUUGGGUUUCUUCUGCUAUUCACACUAAUGAAGAGGAUGUAUUCAAAAGAUAUCUUGCAAUGACCUCAAUAGAUGAAGCGAAUGGAUGGUAUGGUGGGACAUUGCUUGCUGAGCAAGAUGAAAGCAGUGAGGUGUAUAGACAUUAUGCUCAAUUCUGUCAGAACCCUAUAAUGGAACCCUUCCAAAACGAUUCUGAUAAAGAGAAGCAUUAUGCUGAGGUUCUUGGCUCAGUAGCAGUGGUGGAGUGCAUGGAUGAUGCAACAGCAACAGCAACUGUGGAAGAUGAGAUGGAGGCAGCAUUGAUGGAGUAUGAGCUGAUUGGGGCGGAUCUUGGUAUUUGCCCCAAGACUUUUAAUGCUUUGGCUAUUGACCCCACUCACUUGACCAGGUGGAUGAUUGGAGAACACAGGCUGCCUUCUUAA